AUGGUCGAACUUUACCAAAUUGUCCAAAAAGACCAUGAAACGGUCAACGAAUACAACGUGCACUUCAACACGUUGAUCGCAGAAGCAGAAAUAGUCAACCCAGAUGCUGACAGAAACCUCCUUCAGCAAUACCUUUGCAGAUUAAAGGAAUCCCUUGCAUGCCAGCUGAUAGCCCACAUGCCAAUCAAUGCCACCCUCUCCCAGUGGCAACAACAAGCCCUCGAGCUAGACAAUAAGCUCGGAAUUCUCAAGCAUAUCAAGAACAGACAGACACACCUUCCUACCAAUUCCGGAACCACGACAACCACCUCGGCAUCAUCUACCCGUGACCCUAACACUAUGAAUGUAGAUGCCCUUAAUAUAGGACAAAACAACCUCGGCAAGCAGAAGGAAGAGGAACCUACCGAGGAGGAGGAAACCAGAGAGGCAGAGGUUGAGGAGGUAGAGGAAACUGGAGAAACUAUCAAGGCGACCCAUCCAAAAAUUGUCCCUACGUCCAAGUUACUCAUCAGCAAUCCAACCCCAGUAGACUCACACACAACCCCAUCGCGCAUCGACAUCGACGCCAUGCUGAGCUCCAUCCCACUCCCUGAUCUUGAUCGGAUCAUCUACGACCACUACUACAAUCGCAUCGGAAAAGACGAUAACCCGAAUUUUACCCAGUGA